AUGGAAAACUCGGCGGGGCCUAAAGCCCCCUGCUCUCCCGCGCGGGCUGCGCGGCGCCUGACGCCGUCCCCGGAGGCGCUUAUAUGCGGCAGGGGCGACGCGAACACGGCAUCGUGCAACACCGCCAAGCCAAACUCUGCGGCCGCGUCCACGGCGCCGCCGCCUGUGCGGUGCGUGCUGCCGGGGAGCACUCGCGCCUCCGCAUGUAUACUAGAGUCCUCGCCCAGGGCGGAGGAGACUAGCAACGAGAAGCGGCCCGUGGCUGCCGCCUCUCCUACGUGGGGGGCUUCGAUCCACGAAGGGCAGCGGCCACCAGCUGAGGGCGAGGCGCGGGGGGCAAAGGCGCAGGCGUCGACGUCCACGCCGACGCGGCGGCUUGGCGGCAACCUGCGGGGUUCCCGCCGUUGUAUGCUUUGGGCGCGUCGACGCAGCGAGCUGCCCAUCACCCCGGCGGAGGCCCUGGCAUGCUGCGGGGCUCACCUCAGUGCGUACGAGAAGCGGGAAAUCUUUGGGUUUCCGCGUGUGUAUUACUGCGGAGCACACGCUCACGGUGCGGCGCCGGUGGCAGGGGCGGCAACGCCCGCGAGGCAGCGCUCCGCCCCGCCGGACUUUGACGACUGCGAGAACAACUACCGCAUCACCCCUGGCGACCACGUGGGGUACCGCUUCGAGCUUCUUGACGUCCUCGGCAGCGGCACGUACGGGGUCGUGGUGCGAGCCCUUGACCAUGCGACCCGCCCCACGCCACAGCAGUGUGCGCUGAAAAUAGCGCGCAGUACCCCCUGCUACGCCGCAGUCUUGCGGCGGGAGGCCGCGAUGCUGGAGCUGCUGUGGCGUCGCAAGCCGGCGGCGCGGAUGUGGAUUCCGCAGGUGCUGGGGCGUCUGCUCUUCCGCGCACACGAAGUCCUCGUGCUUCCGUUGCUUGGGCUGGAUGUAAAGACGCUGCUCCGGGUGAACCUCUUCCGUCCGCUGCCCACGGCACUCACGCAGGCCGUAACCGCCCAACUGGUGACGCUGCUGCAGCUCCUCGCGGAGGUCAACAUGACCCACGCCGACCUGAAACUGGAGAACGUGGCCCUCGUGGAUCGGAGCCCGCACGACGCCGCCGUCCCCCCCGAACUCCGCUGGCGCAUGUCGCCAGAGGAGCAGGCGCGGGACGCCGUUGACGCUGACGGGGAUCAGGGUCGUGGGGACGCUUCGGUGCCGGACUCCGUCCAGGCCGCAUCCUCGCCGCAGUCGCGGACGGCGCACGGCGCGGCGCCCGCCGCCGAAGCGGAAACCGACACGGACGCCGACGUGGUCACCUCACACGUGGCACUCAUCGACUUUGGGGCGGCCCACCUGGGCCGCGCGUGCGGCGGCCGGUUGCAGACCAUCUUUUACCGUGCCCCGGAGGUGGCCCUGCGCCUGCGCCACGGCCCCGCCAUCGACAUGUGGUCCCUCGGCUGCGUCGUGUACGAGACCGCCACCGGGGUUCCGCUGUUUCGCGCCAACUCCGACGGCGAGCUGCUUCGGCGUCAAGUUGCCGUGCUCGGGGCGCCCUCCGCGGAGGCGGUUCGGCAGCUGCAGGCGCUUCGCACCUCCUCUUCCUCCUCUUCUGCAGAAGAGGAGGAGACUGGCGCGGGGCAGCUGCAGGCGCUCUUCGCCUCCCUGCAGGUGGAGGCGGCGCGAGACGCACAACGGUGCCCCGCACAGGCACACAAUCUCCUGCAGCUCCUUCAUUUCCAGAAGAAGAAGGAUGCGACGACGCCUGGGCGGCCGCAGGAAAAAGCGGAAGAAAAACCUGACGAUGCAGACAACGCUGGUUUUGGGCCGCCUGUGGUGCCGGCAUCGAUAACCGCCUGCGAGAACGACGGCGGGGCGGCGACGUUGGUGGUGCCGCUGCUUUUAGACUUUCUGCUUGGCUGCCUGACGUGGGACCCGGGCAAACGCCUGACGCCGGGCGAGGCCAGCUGUCACCCGUACCUCGCGCCGUACCUCAAGAGCGAGCUCGCGCAGGCUGACGCGAGACCGCCGCCGCCGCGCUGCACUGGAGAGCACUUCCUACGCACCCACCAACUCGCACGCGGUGCCGUGGGGCUUUUUGACGCCGCAGCGAAGACGUGCGCCCACAGCCGCUCCGCCACGGGGGCGUGGACGGCCGGGACGCAGUCCCUGACGCGGCUGGAUGUGAGCCUCGCCGUCCAGCCGCUUUGCCGCUUCACGGCGCCGGCAAACGUCGGCGCCGCUUCCGAGACGCCGCUGCGUGUCUCUGCCAGGCCCCUGCGGCCACACCGGCGAGCGGCGGGCGACGAGGGGGAGGGCCCGCAACAACAGUACACUGCAAACUUCUGCGACCCAAUCGAGCACGUUCAGGUGUCCAUCCUGUCCCUCGAGGAGUACUGA